AUAAUUUUGCAAUCUACAUUAAAAAAAAUGAAUUUUUUUAAAAUCUUACACAACAAAAACCUAGCCAUAUAUAAUACACUGUUCCGUAAUCGGUAAAACAGAUUCUUCUAAAAUAUUCAAAUAUUUGUCCGUCUUUACAAUUCCAUCGAUAAAAUGUUACUUUCCCACACCUUUAGACGACAUGCUGCCCCAGAUCAUGACAGAUGCAGGAAAUUUGACUUUUCUCUUGAGACAGUCGGUAUGUUUCUGUCUCUAACACACACUUCAAAUCUGGACUCAUCACUCUAUUGUAUUGAAUCCCAUUGCGAGUCAAAUUUUUGGGCAGAAGUGGCGGGAGGAAUAAAAUAAGGAAAUUCUUUAAUGAAGUCAGUCAGAAAAAGUGCAAGUGUUUGAGUAACACUGCCUAUGAGAAAUGAAGCAGGUUAACUUAUAAUGAUAGAAACGGAAAUCGUCGAACGAUGGAAGGAAUACUUUCGGAAUUUACUAAAUAUUGAAAGUGAGACGGAGGAAGCAGAUAUUAAGUUUCAUUCUGCAGAUAUCGAAAUACCAGCAGCAACACUUGAGGAAGUAAAGAAUGCGAUCGCGUCUCUAAAAGACCAUAAACCACCAGGAAAUGAUGACAUAAAUGGAGAGUUGUUAAAAAAAGGAGGAAACCUUUUACACCAAAAAUUGUAUAACAUCAUUCUGAGAGUAUGGCAGCAACAGAAAAUGCCUAGAGAAUGGAAUGGAAGCGUUAUAAUUCCCAUAUAUAUGAGGGAAACCGACCGAGAAAAGAUGGAAGAAUGAUGUUGAAGUCGAUUUAUCUAGUAUUGGAGUACAACAAUGGGAAAUAGAAGCCCAAGAUCGUAGAGGAUGGAGAGCGAUAGUGUAAGCGGCGAAGACUCAUCUCGAGUUGGAAAACCAGUGAAGAAGAAACAUCUUAAGACUUUCACUAACCUAUAAACCUUCCUUAGAAUAAGCCUAAGACUAUAAACCUUCAAAAGAAGAAUUUUAUUACGAAACGGUAUUUAUAUUUAUCCAGUAUAUCAAAACAAGCAGGAUACGUAUUUUAGACAGCUAAAUAAAAUAAACAAAUAGUUUGUCACAAUCACGUUUAACGGCACUGCUACAUAUGAGCAACAGUUUCAUGCGUAGCAGCGCCAUCUCUAACCUACAACGAGAACUUUUUGUCCUGUCCUCGUACAAUGUGUCAACCGUUGGUGUUCUGGUUAAAAUUGAAAAAGAGUAAAUUAUUUUAAUAAAUUUGGUAGUAGGUAUUGUGCAAAUCUCACCUAUUGAUGGUUUUUAGUCAUCUUUAGUACACAUAGUUAUUUAUCUUUUUAUCUUACCAUGAUUUGUAGGUCCUUUUGCUAACUUAUUGGCUAAUAUUGGCUUAAUCUUGAUUAUGAAACUUCCUUCCUUAUUUAUUACACAUUAAUCAUGUACAAAGAAACCUUAUGUGCUUCUCGAAUACAUAUAAUAGAGUAUUGCGUAAUUCGUUGUCAAAAGCCUUUUCUAAAUCUCGGAAUAUUGACGCACAUAUUUUAUUUAUUUUUAAAGUCUCCACUGUCGUGGAAUGUGAGUGUUACUCUAGCAUUUCUAUUCUCUUGUACGGCAGGUUUUAU